AAGCAGCAAGCGGGCGAGCGGCGACAGCGACAUGGCGGCGGCGGCGACGGCGGAAUGACGAGCUAGCAACGCCGACACCAUUAUAUAGCGUUGAAAUAAGUAGGUAUGACCUAUGAUGUCAUGACGAUAAUAACAACGGGAGAAUCAAACAUUGGGUUAGCAGAUAAGCUACAGGGAAGGAAAAUGAUAUUCGACGGAUGUCAGCGCGUUUAAUAACAGUAUUCAUAGGGAUAACGUUAUAAACUGCCGUGUAUUGGAUACAUAAUAACUGUUUUAAUAGUAUCGCCGAAGAAUGAAGGCGCUAGCUCUGUUGUGCGCGCUUGGUUGCGCACGCGCCGAGCGUAUGCCGGAGUGUACCUACCCUACCACUACUUCGUGCAUUUCUCGUGACUCCAGAUACACCGAUGACGGCUGGCUCUUCAAGGAGUAUCUCAUCGAAGGCGUGCACAUGUCCGUAGCGACGAGAUCCGGCGACUACGCCGUACGCUGGUUAUGCGGAGGCCUCAACCCAACUAGCUACCACGCGCCAAGAUUCAAUAUGCCUUACUUGCCUUACGUCGCCUACGAAGUUGAGCUGGUUGACUGCAACAUUGCUUUGGACUCUUCUUACAGUGAUCUCUUUAUGGACCUAAAUAUUAACAGCAAGUACGUCAAAACCCUCACUAUCAGUUCAAGCGCGACACGACCCCAAAACAGCCAAUGGUUUUCGACGAAUUAUCUUGAAAAAAUGAAAAAUGAAGCUACAAGUAAGAACUGGCUAACUGAUGCUGCCGCCGAUUUGCCUAAAAUUUUCUUGGAACAUUUAACUUUGAGAAGAAUUCCAAUGACCAUUGAACAGUUUAUAAGUAUACACAAUAUUACAAGCUUGACAUUAGUCGAUACUGGUCUCGAAGAAGUAAUGAAUUUAGAAGAAUUUCCUAACUUGAAACGACUGGAGUUACGAGAGCCAUAUUUGCUAAAUGCAGAAAAGCUAAACGCUUCAAGUAUUGAGGAGCUGGUUCUUCACGCUCCUGAUGCUGGACUAGCUGCAAUGCCUCAGUUACGCAACGCUACCUUUAUAGAAGUUUAUAUGAUGGGCAGGUUAUUUGGCAACUGCACAAACUUAGAGCAUCUAGCUUUAAUAGAUGGGACGUUGUCUGUACUCCCAGAUCAUUGGCUAGUAGGAUGCAGUGCGCUGAAAAGUUUGAAGUUAACACAAUUGCGGAAUCUAAUAGAAAUACCUGGGGAUCUUCUAGUGAAUACCAUGGAGCUGCUGUACCUUGACCUCAGUCACAAUAGCUUGGAAACCAUGCCUGAGGGUCUGCUGAAACAUACCAGAAGCUUGGAGUAUCUCGACGUUAGUGACAAUCAUUUAAAGACCCUUUCUGCAAACCUCCCGGUUUCCCUUAAAUAUGUGUAUGCAUGUGGAAAUGACCGCUAUUCCUUUUGGUUGAUAUCCCAAGAUUUAAUUAAUUUAGAGGACUUUGAUUGCAUAGAAAUUACAGUGCAAUCUUGAUAGCACGAGGUUCAAGGGAAACGCCGAAUCAUGUUAUCUUCCUGUAUUAUACUUCAUGAUUUGUUAACGACUUAGAAACCAUGGCCUAAACGAAGUUUCGGUUCGUUUAAGAUAAUUUCGUGCUACAGAGGUUAAAAAAAUAACAAGAAAUCGUAAUGCAGAGGAAUCACAAACGUAAUAUGUUCAUUAAUGCCAAGUUCAAAAAAGCCAAGAAAAAAAUAAAAAGUUUUUUUUUUUUUUAUGAAAACGAGACAGAUUUUCCCCUGUUUUGUUUUCAAGUAUGAAAUAUUCCAUUGUUAUAGGUAUGAUAACUUGACACUUUGUGAGUAAUUUUGAUUUUAAAUGGAAAAAGUAGACUUGUUUAAUUGUGAUCUUAAGACUCGUUACUUACCUACUAAUUUGAAAUAAAGCUAUACAAAUUUC